AUGACAGAUGAAACAAACUUCACAAUAGAAGUGAUCGAGCCUAGGGCAGAUGCCCUUCGAGGUCUAGACUCCCUGUUCCUACAAGAUAAUGCAGCACUAGUGCAGACUUAUCGCAACAUGGACUGGUCAGAUAUUUCCUCAUUAACUCAAAUGGUAGACGUUAUAGAGCAAACAGUAGUGAAAUAUGGUGAUCCAAAUGAUUCAAUUAAAUUGGCUUUGGAAACUAUCCUUUGGCAAAUAUUAAGAAAAUAUCCUUUAUUGUUUGGAUUUUGGAAAAGGUUCACCACAAUAGAGUACCAGUUGUUUGGCCUUAAGAAAUCGAUUGAAGUUCUCGCCACUUCGGUCAAAUGGUUCCCAACUUCACUAGAGUUGUGGUGCGAUUAUUUGAAUGUCUUAUGUGUGAAUAAUCCCAACGAGAAGGACUUUAUCAGAAACAACUUUCAUAUCGCCAAAGACCUUAUCGGUGAACAAUUUCUGUCACAUCCAUUUUGGGAUAAGUUUAUAGAAUUUGAGGUUAGGCAGGAGAAUUGGGAGAACGUUCAAACAAUAUACGAGUACAUUAUUGAGAUUCCUUUGCACCAGUACGCAAGAUUCUUUACAUCCUAUAAAAAGCUUCUUAAUGAAAGGAAUUUCAAACCGAAGAGAGAUAUUGAUACAGUAUUGAGAAGGACACAAACAAUCGUAAAUGAGAUAUGGCAGUUUGAGUCGAAGAUCAAACAGCCAUUUUUUAACUUAGGCCAAGUUCUGCAAGAUGAUUUGAAGAAUUGGUCUCAGUAUCUGAAUUUUGUGACGAACCCUUCCAAAUCCCUGGACAAAAAAUUCAUAAUGUCCAUUUUUGACAGGUGUUUAAUUCCUUGUGUUUAUAAUGAAAAAGUGUGGCUCAUGUACAUUAACUGGCUAACAAGGGAAGAUUCUUACGAGAUAACAGUGGGGAUUUAUCAAAAAGCAAGCAAGGUAUUACCGUUAGACUUCAAAACUUUGAGGUACGAUUUUAUCAAAUAUUUGAAGAAAAACUACCGAUUAAAUAACGUUCUAUUCAGCAAGAUAUUCAAUGAAACGGUAUCGCAUUUUUUAAAUAUUUGGCCCAAUGAUGUUUCGCUUAUGACGGAAUACAUUUGUAUGUGGAAGAGACACUCUUUCAAGAACUCUUUAGAUCAACCGCCUAGAGAAAUUCUAGAGAAACAAACUUCGUUUGCUAAAAUUUUAGAGACUUCAAUCACCAAUUAUUUGACCAAGCAAACUGACCCCAGAGUACAUUUACAAACGUUGAUAAAUGAUAAAAACUUAAGUAUAGUAGUGGUAGAACUGAUAAAGACCACAUGGUUAGUACUUAAAAAUAACAUGCAAACGAGAAAGUAUUUCAACUUUUACCAAAAAAAUUCUCUCAUCAAGGACUCAGUGCCGUUUUGGUUAACUUAUUACAAAUUCGAGAAGAGUAAUGUAAAUUUUACUAGACUGAAUAAAUUUAUCAAGGAGCUGGGCGUAGAAAUAUAUUUACCGACAACGAUAAUGAACGAUAUCCUGACAGACUACAAAACAUUUUACUUAAUGCAUUCAAAUAUUGUUGCAUAUGAAACUUCAACUUUGGAUUCAAACGAUUUCGAUCCUAUUUUAUAUCCUGAAAUGAAAAUCUCGAAUCCACAAUACGAACCAGUCGCGGGAGUAAAGCCGAAUGCCGAAUGGUAUAAAAGAACAGAAUGGAAAGAAGCUGGUCACGUCGGGAUAAUGAUAGAAAGACCACAGAUAUCGAACAGUAUAAUUGAGUGCAAUUCAAGAAAUUUAGUUCAAAAGCCUAUUACGUUACCAAAUUUUAGAAACCUGGAGAAAAUAAACCAGGUUAAAAUUAAUGAUUUAUAUACAGAAGAAUUUUUAAAGGAAAGGAAAUGA